AUGGGCGAGGAGCCCGGUGAGCGCACAGGCGAGGGCGCAGGGGAGGGCGCAGGGGAGGGCGCAGGGGAGGGCGCAGGGGAGGGCGCAGGGGAGGGCACAGGGGAGGGCGCAGGGGAGGGCGCAGGGGAGGGCGCAGGGGAGGGCUCAGGGGAGGGCGCAGGGGAGGGCGCAGGCGAGGGCGCAGGCGAGGGCGCAGGUGAGGGCGAGGGCGAGGCGGUGGGGUUGGGAGGGGGGAAGCAGGAGACGAGGAGGGAGGAGAGGAGGUCCCAGCAGCAGAAGGCGGCGUGCGAGCGCGACGUGGCGAGCAGCAGACGCGCUCGCCGUUCCCCGGACGACUGUUUCCGCAGCCCCCUGCCACCCGCACUGCACGGGUUGCGGGCGGAAGCGCGGCGAGUCCUGAGCGGAGCAGGGGCGAUCGCAGUCCGACUCGUCGUCUGA